UAUUUCUCUCUGUGUUUGAUUCCUAGCAUGAUAAGGACGAAAAAGUCCUCUUAAAUAUCCGUGUUAACUCACUAAUGGAUCAAGUAUUCAAUCUGCUCGGUGAAAUUUCUGAGUGGUUCUUUCAUAGCCCUUUGCAGUUCUGGAAGAAAAUUAGUGUACAAUGAGAUUCCAAUUUCGUCAGCAUAUGAAGACCUGAGGCAUUUUUCAUCUUCCUCAAUGCAUAUCAUAGUGUUGAACAAGAUGGACCUUGCUGAUCGCUUGCAAACACAGGCACCUAAGAUACUCGGCAAAGAUACGCGUGGACAGGAACUCAACGAAAAGGCAUCAGAUUCGGGUAUCAAGGCACCUAAGAUACUAAGCAAAGAUACCCGUGGACGGGAACUCAACAAAAAGGCAUCAGAUUUGGGUAUCAAGAAGUGGCUGGAGUAUUUUGGGGAACAAAACUGCAUUUGCUAUGGAAUCAAUUCACAUAACAAGGAUAAUAUAAAAGUGUUUCUGAACUUUCUACAAGCUCGAGUCAGAGAAUUGAACAAGCUUGGUCAGCCUAAACAUACCAUAACUAUGAUGCUAGUUGGAAUUCCCAAUGUUGGUAAGUCAGCUCUUGCCAACUCUCUCCAUCAAAUUGGGCGGAUCAGUGCUGCAGAGAAGGGAAGGCUGAAGCAUGCAAUAGUGAGUCCAGUGGCAGGUGAAACAAAAGACAUCAGCAGUCUAAAGAUUGCAAGUCAUCCCAACAUUUAUGUCUUGGACACACCUGGUGUGUUGCCUACUGAGAUUCUUGAUGCUGAAGUGGGUGCUAAACUAGCUUUAACUGGAGCUAUUAAGGAUUGUUUAGUUGAGGAACAAGAACUUGCUCGGUAUUUUCUAGCUAUCUUGAACUCAAGUGAUGCGUACAAGGACUGGAAGAACUUGCCUAGCGAGGAGGUUGAAAGAUCAUCUGAAGACCACAAAGCGAAGCUCUUAGGAAUCCAUGAGGCAGACAUAAGGAGACGCAAGCAAUAUCCCACAGAUCACACACAGGAUUUUGUUGUACGGUCUGUUCGAAGAACCCUUUUUGAGACAGUUUCUUCAUUCAAGGAAAAUCUGGAAAAUGAAGAGAAGAUGGGCAAGCUGAUUGAAGCUCAGUUUGUGGCCUUGCGGGAAGUUUUUCAUGUGCCUUUGGGAUCAGAUGAGGAUGGAAUAUAUAAAGUUGCAAAGAAGCUACUCAAUCUAUAUCGAACUGGUAGACUUGGUCAUUAUACUUUGGAUGAUAUUCUGAGGAAUGGUCACUAGCCCAUUUUCCAUGUAGUUAUAAUGGUCCCUGCACAGAAAGAAGGAAUAAAUUUUACCCUAAAAAUAUGAGCAAUAAAAUUUAUACGAGUUUGUGAAAAAUCAGUUUGAAAAAUAAUACAAGUUUAUGUUUUGAUAAGUUAGCUAACCUACACUUUCAAAAAAUGUGGAUUAUUUAGUACGAUGCAUUGAUAUAUAAGACCAGAAUCCUAUAAAAUUUGAGACAAGAAGAUUGAUGCACUUAAAUUA